AUGGCGGACAAGGAUAAGAUGGCUAAGUACCGGACGGAGAUCCAACAGAUGAUGUUUGUCUCUGGUGAAACAGGCGAGCCCUCCCCUGAGACCACCACACUCAUCGAAUCCAUUGUCCAAGACCAAGUGCAGCACAUGCUCCGUGAAUGCACCGCCUUCGCCACACGGCGCGGUUCUAGAUCAAUCUCCACAGACGACCUGUUCAUGCUCAUCCGGCACGACCGAGCCAAGAUAUCUCGUCUGCGCCACUUCCUCCAGUGGAAAGACGUGCGUCGCUCCGUCAAAGAUUCCGACGACAAAGGCGGCGACGCCGGCGCAGACGUAGGUGCUGGCGAUGCUGACAUUGCUGCUGGCGUUGUGGGUGCAGGAUCAGGGCCCAGCGGUGGUCCCGAUGCAGGCAAGAAGGCCAAACGGGCAAGAGUCGAUCUAGUCUGGGACAUUCAUUCCUUCUUUACCGAAUUCCCGCCGCAAAAGGAUGAUGUGGAGGACGAAGAGGAAGAGGAGAUGAACUAUGCCACGCUUCAACGUCUCAAGAAUGCAGAUGAGCGAACGAAGAACAUGACGAGGGAGGAAUAUGUGCACUGGUCUGAUUGCCGACAGGCCAGCUUCACGUAUCGCAAAGGCAAGAGAUUUAAGGAAUGGGCCGGCUUCAGCCUCAUUACCGAUUCCAGACCCAGUGACGACAUUAUCGACAUCUUUGGUUUCUUGACGUUUGAGAUUGUGCAGACGUUGACAGAGGAGGCGCUCAAGGUCAAGGAUACAGAGGAUCUCUAUAAGAAGAAUCAUGGGGGUGAGCAGAAUAGGUUGAAGCGGAAGAGGGAGAGGGGCUUGUUCGAUCCGCCCGAGGAGGCGAGGGAGCCGGUCCAGCCUAGCCACGUGCAAGAAGCGUACAGGAGGCUGCAGAGAGGCAACAAUAAGCAGAGGGCAAUGCUGAACUUUACUAGACAGGUGCAACGUACUGCUCUUAAAUUGCUUUGA